GCAGGUGCUGCAGCUCUCAGACCUGCUGCAGCGCGGCAUCGGCGUGCACCACGGCGGGGUGCUGCCCCUGCUCAAGGAGAUCGUGGAGAUGCUCUUCAGCCAAGGGCUGGUCAAGGUGCUGUUCGCCACCGAGACCUUCGCCAUGGGGGUGAACAUGCCGGCACGGACCGUCGUCUUCGACUCCAUCCGCAAACAUGACGGGAACAGCUUCCGUGACCUCCUGCCAGGCGAGUACACGCAGAUGUCGGGGCGCGCCGGGCGCCGCGGGCUGGACGCCACCGGCACCGUCAUCAUCCUCUGCAAGGGACCGGUGCCCGAGCUGUCCGACCUGCACCGCAUGAUGCUGGGCCGGCCGUCGCCGCUGCAGUCGCGGUUCCGCCUGACGUACCCCAUGAUCCUGCUGCUGCUGCGCGCCCCCGCCCUGCGCCCCCACGACCUGAUGCGCCGCAGCUUCGCCGAGUUCCCGCUGCGCCGCGACACCACCGUGAGCGCUGCCGGGGGGCCGGGGG